AUGGCUCUCCAUAUACCCUUCCUCUCGCGCCUCCAUCUGCGCGAGUACUUCGCCCUCGGCCUCUCAAUCAUCCUAAUCGUCCUCGAAAGCUUUAUCUCGGUCAUCACCCUCGCCCUCCCAACGCCCAUCAUCAAACUCUGCUACCGCAUAACACGCCGGCUCUUCAACCACCUCUCCUCGCCCUCCUCCCGCCGCUCGAGACAAAAGAAGAAGGGCGUGUGGAGCUCUAUCGCCAAUGCGUCGGAUUUUGGGGAGCUGUGCGAGCUAUACGGAUACUAUACGGAAGAGCAUGUGGUGCAGACGGGAGAUGGAUACCUGCUUGGCCUGCAUAGGCUGGGCUGGCGGAGGGGCGAGGAGGACGUCAGGGUCAAUCCUGGGCCCAACCAUAAAGGAGGAAUGAAGAAGAAGGUGGUGUAUUUGCACCAUGGGCUGCUGAUGAAUAGCGAGGUGUGGGUCUGCUUGACAGAGAGGGAGAGAUGCUUGCCCUUCGAGCUUGUGGAGAGGGGCUACGAUGUCUGGCUCGGAAACAACCGCGGAAACAAGUACUCAAAGAAGUGCGUGCGGUGCAACCCCGCCUCGACCCAGUUCUGGAGCUUUAGCAUGGACGAGUUCGCCUUCCAUGAUAUCCCAGACUCCAUCUCCUACAUCCUCAACACUACGCAUCAGCCAUCGUUAUCGUACGUUGGCUUCUCUCAAGGCACAGCUCAAGCAUUUGCAACCCUAUCGAUCCACCCCAACCUGAACGACAAAGUCGACGUCUUUAUUGCCCUGGCUCCGGCCAUGUCUCCGAAAGGGCUUAAUUCAGGAAUCGUCAACUCCUUCGUCAAAGCCUCGCCAGACGCACUCUUUCUGGCAUUUGGUCGACGUGCCAUCCUUGCUUCUGCAACAAUGUGGCAGUCCAUUCUAUACCCUCCUAUAUUCGUUCGCUUGAUCGACGCUUCGCUCAGAUUCCUCUUCGGAUGGACGGGGAACAAUAUCGCUCCCCACCAGAAGCUGGCGUCUUAUGCGCAUCUUUACUCCUACACUUCCACUAAGAGCGUCGUUCAUUGGUUCCAAAUCAUUCGCAACGGGACCUUCCAGAUGUACGAUGAUGAAGCGCCUAAUCCCAUCCUAUCAAAUCGAUCAAAGUACUACAAAGUCGCCAAGUUUCCGACCAAGAACAUCAAAACACCCAUUGUGUUGGUAUACGGAGGCUCGGACAGUCUCGUUGAUAUCGACGUCAUGCUAAAGGAGCUUCCUCGCCAUACAAUCGCUAAGGAGAUCCCGCAUUACGAACAUCUGGACUUUCUCUGGGCUUCCUCCGUCGACCAGCUCGUCUUCCCGCAUGUUUUCGAGGCGCUGGAUCAAUACGCAGGGGUCGAGCACACAUCUGUUCAAUCCCUAAAGCACAAGCGAUUCCGAUCGCCCGGCCGUUAUCACGGCCUGCUUCCCGAGUCUGGUGCACUUCCUGGGCCUGAAGGUGAUGAUGCGGCCGAAGAGAGCUCGUCAAGCCCGGCAGUCCUACGAGCAAAGAAGCACUCACAGAACACGAGGCGGAUCUCCUUUACCGAUCAGCCGCACGACUCUCCGCAGCCACAGUCCAUGGCGGCCAUAAUGUCGAAGAUACCUCACCCCGCCUCAAGUUACGCCGCCGCUGUGGAGCGCCAUCACUCUCCGACUCACUCCACGAGCACCUUUCCGCCGCCCGCGCCAAAGGUACCGGUGCACACUAUGGAUUCUCCAGCCGCCUCCGUAGACGCCUCACAGAUCACCGCCCGUAGCUCUACCAGCAGGCCCGAAGGCUGGUGGUCUUCAGACGAAGUCGCCGGAACCGGUCACUCCGAACCGCCAACGCCGACGCCCCAUACGCCGCCGAAAAGCCCACGCAGACAGAGCUUCGACAGUCAGAAGAGCGGCAGGAGUGGUAAGCUGAGUGUGUUUGGUGAGCGGGGGAUUACUGUUGGAUUCGGGAAGGCGGUGAGCGGGAUCGUUGGCGACAUGGGAAAGGGUGAGGGGAGCGGGAGCGGGAGAGAUGGUGAGAAUUUCGGGGAGGCUCAGGGGGAGGGGAAGAAGAAAAGGAGGGGGAGGAGGAAGGCCGGGGUUGGGGCGGACGCGAAUUGA